AUGUCUGCGGAUAUCAUCCAGCGCACGUUUCAGGUGCCGGACGCCAACCCCACUCGGCUCGCUGGAAUUGAGAACACGAUCUCAGGCGAAGCUUUCGAGGGAUUGCCGAUAAGCGAAAGGGAGCUGUGGCACUCGCACAAGUACGAGGUCACCAGCGGGCUCUUAGUCGAGCCUGGCAUGCCUGACAAUGUCGAUAAGGAGGUUAUGAAAAUUCUCGAUAACAUGCAUAGCAAGACAUUUCACACGUGGCCAUACAGGUCGAAGAACGGCUCGAUUUCCCUUAGCAUCCCUGAGAUUAUGGCAUUGUGCCAUGUUGGAGAACCCGGUGGCAUUUCCAUCCACGUGUUCACGCCUGGAGAAGGGCCAGAUUAUCCCAGAGCAGACUACGACAGCACAUACUCCGCACAAGAGGCUACAGGAUGUCUCACAGCCGACUAUCUCAGGGAGCAUGCAGCUGGUAGCCAGAAGAACCAGGCCAGUGUCACCAACAUUAGCCCCGACCUCGGUGGACAUUGCAUGCUGUAUUCCACGGAGGAGUGUGCGGGCAAUUCCGUCAUGAGGCUUCCCAACCCGCGCCACCUGAACCUGAUCUAUCCCGAGUAA